AUGUCUGAACCCAAGUCCCCGGUUUCUUACUGUGGUCUUCCAGCACAGAGAAGCUCACAGUGGGGUCCAGAGAUGGUCUUAGUGAAGCUGGAGGACUGUAGUCAACCACUGGAACUCAAUGUGAUAGUCAAAGAGGAAGAGGAGGAGAGAGAAGUCAAAGAAGAGGAGCUAGGGAUUAAAGAGGAGGUGGAGGAGAGAGCGUUCAAAGAGGAGGCAGAGGAGAGAGCAUUCAAAGAGGAGGUGGAGGAGAGAGCAUUCAAAGAGGAGGUGGAGGUGAGAACAUUCAAAGAGGAGGCAGAGGAAAGAGCAUUCAAAGAGGAGGUGGAGGAGAGAGCAGUCACAGAAGUGGAGAACACGGAAGAGGAGGAAGAAGUAGAUGGUAACACUGACCCAGGUAAGUUAAGUUGUUUAGGAUGGAGAGAGGUUGGUGCAUUGGCAGACACGGGGGAUUCCAGAACUAUUGUUGGGUCUUUCCACCAAUCUGGUGCCUUUUUCUGAAGAGUAACUUGGUUUCACCUAAUUUUAAAGGGGCAGUGCAGUUAAAAAACGGGAUGUUCCUGUUUUCAAAAUAAUUCCUGGAAUUUCAGCCUGUUCAGUUGGGAUGGAGUUUUUGGCCCUGAUCACUUUGAAGGGGUUAGCGGGGUAGGCUCUCGAGUCUAGACGAUCCUAUCCACCAUUCAGGGCUGUGUAUGUAAAUAUAUUUUCAUUUGUAUCAAUAUGCCCACAAGAUCAGACUGAGCAUUUCAAUGGCAAAAGGAGGCUAAGUGAAAUAAAUGAUAAAAAAUAUAUUUGGAGUUAUUUUCAUGAAAUAAACACACGCAGUGAUUUAUUAGACAUACAGUGAUGAUUUAAAAGUACUGCAUUGGGGCUUUUACACUCUGGGCCUCUGUUUUCAGCUGGUGGUUAGGAGGCCCAAGUGUCAAACACACGUUAGUUUGGAAUUUCGUCAUGUAAAAACAUGAGCACUGGCAUUUUCCAGACCUAACACCAGGUUCGGCAAUGUACACUACCGUUCCAAAGUUUGGGGUCACAUAGAAAUGUCCUUGUUUUUGAAAGAAAAGCAAUUUUUUCGUCCAUUAAAAUAACAUCAAAUUGAUCAGAAAUACAGUGUAGACAUUGUUAAUGUUGUAAAUGGCUAUUAUAGCUGGAAACUCCGGGAUGCUGACCUUCUAGGCAGAGUUGCAAAGAAAAAGCCAUAUCUCAGACUGGCCAAUAAAAAGAAAAGAUUAAGAUGGGCAAAAGAACACAGACACUUGACUUUUUCUUUGCAACUCUGCCUAGGUCGGCAUCCCAGAGUCGCCUCUUCACUGUUGACGUUGAGACUGGUGUUUUGUGGAUACUAUUUAAUGAAGCUGCCAGUUGAGGACCUGUGAGGCGUCUGUUUCUCAAACUAGACACUCUAAUGUAUUUGUCCUCUUGCUCAGUUGUGCACCGGGGCCUCCCACUCCUCUUCCUAUUCUGGUUAGAGCCAGUUUGCGCUGUUCUGUGAAGGGAGUAGUACACAGCGUUGUACGAGAUCUUCAGUUUCUUGGCAAUUUCUCGCAUGGAAUAGCCUUCAUUUCUCAGAACAAGAAUAGACUGAUGGGUUUCAGAAGAAAGUUAUUUGUUUCUGGCCAUUUUGAUCCUGUAAUUGAACCCACAAUUGCUGAUGCUCCAGAUACUCAACCAGUCUCAAGAAGGCCAGUUUUCAGCUGUGCUAACAUAAUUGCAAAAGGGUUUUCUAAUGAUCAAUUAGCCUUUUAAAAUGAUAAACUUGGAUUAGCAAACACAACGUGCCAUUGAAACACAGGACUGAUGGUUGCUGAUAAUGGGCCUCUGUACGCCUAUGUAGAUAUUCCAUAAAAAAUCAGCCGUUUCCAGCUACAAUAGCCAUUUACAACAUUAACAAUGUCUACACUGUAUUUCGGAUCAAUUUGAUGUUAUUUUAAUGGACAAAAAAAGUGAUUUCUUUGGAAAACAAGGACAUUUCUAUGUGACCCCAAACUUUUGAACGGUAGUGUACCUGUCUAACAUCAGCUCACUUGCGCUAAGGUGGGAGGGGUGACAAUAUUUGAGGCGUGUCCUUUAAAAACACAUGCAAAAUGGACAGUUUCAUGCAGCGCUAAAGGGAACGUUUAUGACCCACAAACAGCAGGUCUUCUAGGUAAGCACAGCCUAUCCAUCCAUGACACACAAUGCCCACAAGCAUUUCGCUACACCCGCUAUAACAUCUGCUAAACACGUGUAUGUGACAAAUCAAAUUAGAUUUGAUUUGAAGAGAGAUGUUCAUUUUGUGCUGGUGAAUCUCGUAUUUAGGAACAUACAAAAAUUAUUGGUUUUCCCCCAUUUUGUUUAAUUUGAUUAAAAACCAAGCAUAGCCUACCCUCCUCCUAAAUCAUGGCUGGUUUAGCAGCAUCGGAUAGGAGCAUCUUUUUAUCCUGGCCAGUAGCCGAUGAAUAAAGGGGUUUCAAGUGGUCUGCUGAGAGUGCCUUGAAAUACUUUUUUGUCAUGUAGUGUAUGUGGACACCUGCUCGUCUGAACAUCUCAUUCCAAAAUCAUGGGCAUUAAUAUGGAGUUGGUCCCCCCUUUGCUGCUAUAACAGCCUCCACUCUUCUGAGAAGGCUUUCCACUAGAUGUUGGAACAUUGCUGCGGGGACUUGCUUCCAUUCAGCCACUAGCAGUAGUGAGGUUGGGCGCUGAUGUUGGGCGAUUAGGCCGGGCUCGCAGUCGGCGUUCCAAUUCAUCCCAAAGGUGUUCGAUGGGGUUGAGGUCAGGGCUCUGUGCAGGCCAGUCAAGUUCUUCCACACCGAUCUCGACAAACCAUUUCUGUAUGGACCUCGCUUUGUGCACGGGGGCAUUGUCAUGCUGAAACAGGGAAGUGCCUUCCCCAAACUAUUGCCACAAAGUUGGAAGCACAGAAUUGUCUAGAAUGUAAUUGUAUGCUGUAGCAUUAAUAUUUAUCUUCACUGGAACCAUCAAAAACAGCCCCAGGCCAUUAUUUCUAAUCCACUAAACUUUACAGUUGGCACUAUGCAUUCGGGCAGAUAGCGUUUUCCUGGCAUUUGCCAAACCCAGAUUUGUCCAUCGGACUGCCAGAUGGUGAAGCGUGAUUCAUCACUCCAGAGAACACGUUUCCACUGCUCCAGAGUCCAAUGGCGGCAGGCUUUACACCACUCCAGCCGACACUUGUUAUUGCGCAUGGUGAUCUAAGGCUUGUGUGCGGCUGCUCGGCCAUGCAAACCCAUUUCAUGAAGCUCCCGACUAACAGUUAUUGUGCUGACAUUGUUCCAGAAGCAGUUUGGAACUCAGUAGUGAGUGUUGCAACUGAGGACAUAUUAAUUUUACGCACUUCAGCACUAGGCGGUCCUGUUCUGUGAACUUGUGUAGCCUACCACUAUCUGUCUUCAUUUGAGAGUGGUUACAUAUCUCAAAGCCCAUCCCUCAGAUUUUUACCAAAACAGAGAUGGGGUGGUACUUUGUUAUUGUUUAAUUAAGGAUUCUAGCUUUAAAGACAAAGUGCAAAAAUGUUUUAUAUCAUAUUGUACGACAGCUGAUGAAACUAACUCUGUAAAAUAAUGAUUUUUAAUCAGUUAUUUCCUGAUAGUUGCUGGUUGAAAAUACAAUUUACACAGAACCUUCUAAUCAGCAGACUUGCGUGGACUGGAGUUUAAGCUUUCCAUGGUUAUAUCACCAUGUGGUAAAUUGUUACAAAAUUCUUGCUGGAGAAAGUUAUUUUUGCUAAAAAGCAAUUUUGUUCCCAUUUUAAUGGAAAUCUACACUGAAUAAAAUAUAAACCCAACAUGUAAAGUGUUGGUCACAUGUUUCAUGAGCUGAAAUAAAAUAUCCCAGAAAUGUUUCAUAUGCACAAAAAGCUUAUUUAUCUGAAGUUUAUGGCACAAAUUUGUUUACAUCCCUGUUAGUGAGCAUUUCUCCUUUGCCAAGAUAUAUUCCAUCCACCUGACAGGUGUGGCAUAUCAAGAAGCUGAAUAAACAGCAUUAUCAUUACACAGUGCACCUUGUGCUGGGGACAAUAAAAGGCCACUCUAAAAUGUGCACUUUUGUCACAAAACUCAAUGCCACAGAUGUCUCAAGUUUUGAGGGAGCAUGCAGUUGGCAUGCUGACUGCAGUAAUGUCCACCAGAGUUGUCUCCAGAUUAUUUAAUGUUAAUUUCUCUACCAUAAGCCGCCUCCAACUUUGUUUUAGAGUAUAUGGCAGUACGUCCAACCGGCCUCACAACUGCAGACCAUGUGUAACCACGCCAGCACCGGACCUCCACAUCCGGCUUCUUCACCUGCGGGAUCAUCUGAGACCAGCCACCCAGACAGCUGAUGAAACUGUGGGUUUGCACAACUGAAGAAUUCUGCACAAACUGUCAGAAAUCGAUUCAGGGAAGCUCAUCUACAUGCUCGUCGUCCUCACCAGGGUCUUGACCUGACUGCAGUUCGGUGUCGUAACCAACUUCAGUGUGCAAAUGCUCACCUUCGAUGGCCACUGGCACGCUGGAAAAGUGUGCUCUUCACAUAUGAAUCCCGGUUUCAACUGUACCGGCGUCGUGUGGGCGAGCGGUUUGCUGAUGUCAAUGUUGUGAACAGAGUGCCCCAUGGUGGCGGUGAGGUUAUGGUAUGGGCAGGCAUAAGCUACGUACAAUUAACAAGAUAGUGUGGUGAAGGAGGCGCAACAGUGCCUCUUCAACCUAAGGAGGCUGAAUAAAUUAGUCUUGGUCCCUAAGACCCUCACAAACUUUUACAGAUGCACAAUUGAGAGCAUCCUGUUGGGCUGUAUCACCGCCUGGUACAGCAACAGCACCGCCCACAACCGCAGGGCUCUCCAGAGGGUGGUGCGGCCUGCACAAUGCAUCACCAGGGGCACACUGCCUGUCCUCCAGGACACCUACAGCACCCAAUGUCACAGGAAGGCCAAAAAGAUCAUUAAGGACAUCAACCACCCGAGCCAUGGCCGGUUCACCCCGCUGCCAUCCAGAAGCCGAGGUCAGUACAGGUGCAUCAAAGCUGGGACCGAGAGACUGAAAAACAGCUUCUAUCUCAAGGCCAUCAGACUGUUAAAUAGCCAUCACUAGCCGGCUACCACCCGGUUACUCAACCCUGCACCUUAGAGGCUGCUGCCCUAUAUACAUAGACAUGGAAUCACUGGUCAAUUUAAUAAUGGAACACUAGUCACUUUAAUCAUGUUUCCAUACUGCGUUACUCAUUUCAUAUGUAUAUACUGUAUUCUAUUCUACUGUAUUUGUAAAUGAUUUUCCGACAUUCCUCGUCCUAAUAUUUAUAUAUUUCUUAAUUCCAUUCUUUUACUUUUAGAUUUGUGUGUGUUGUUGUGAAUUAUUAGAUACUACUGCACUGUUGGAGCUAGGAACACAAAAGCAUUUCGCUACACCCGCAAUAACAUCUGCGAAAUAUGUGUAUGUGACCAAUAACAUUUGAUUUGAUUUGAACAGCCUAAUUAACUCUAUGCGAAGGAGAUGUCGCGCUGCGUGAGGCAAAUUCUGGUCACACCAGAUACUGACUGGUUUUCUGAUCCACGCCUCUACCUUUUUUUUUUUAAGGUAUCUGUGACCAACAGAUGCAUAUCUUUAUUCCGAGUCAUGUGAAAUCCAUAUAUUAUGGCCUGAUGAAUUUUUUUCAGUUGACUGAUUUCCUUAUGAACUGAAACAAAGUAAAACCUUUGAAAUUGUUGCAUGUUGCGUUUUAUAUUUUUGUUCAGUGUAUUAAAGUAAGGUACCUAAUUGUUACCCAGUAAAUUAUUUGAUAUUGAUAUUAAAAUGUCUGCAUUGGACCUUUAAACAAGUCUUUUAAAGACCGUUUCAAUGCUGUUCCUGAUUCUAACCCCGCCAUAUAUGUUCAUAUUCCCACAGGAGAGACCUCCAACCCAGGUUCAGACAGUGAGCCCAGUUCCACAGCAUCAGGAAACCAUAAACAACACAGACAGAGGAACUCAAGACAGAAACAUCACCAUUGCAUGGACUGCUUCACUAGUUUCUAUGAGCCAGAGGAGUUGAGAAGGCACACUUGUAGGCCCCACCCCUGCUCAGAUUGCAGAGGCAGUUUUAUUUGUCCAACUCACCUCAAAUCAAAACAUACUCAAAAAAGGAAGAUGUAUCUAUGUGGUCAAUGUGGGAAGAGAUUUCAAACACCAAGCAAACUAAAGACGCACCAGAGAACUCACACAGGAGAGAAGCCAUACCACUGCUCUGUUUGUGGGAAGGGUUUCAGUCAGUCGAACCAACUAAAGACACACCAGAGAACUCACACAGGACAGAAGCCUUACCAUUGUACUCAGUGUGGAAAGAGUUUCAGUUGGUUACACAGCCUGACGACACACCAGAUAACGCACACAGGGGAGAAGCCAUACCACUGCUCUCAAUGUGGAAAGCAUUUCAGUCUGGUAGGAAACCUAAAGAGACACCAGUUAACCCACACAGUAGAGAAGCCUUACCGCUGUUCUCAUUGUGGAAAGAGUUUCAGUCAGUUACACAACCUAAAGACACACCAGUUAAUUCACACAGGAGAGAAGCCAUACCACUGCUCUCAAUGUGGGAAGGAUUUCAGUCAUCCAAAAGACUUAAAGUCACACCAGAGAACUCACACAGGAGAGAAGCCGUUCCACUGCGCCCAAUGUGGAAAGAGUUUCAGUCAGUUAUCAACACUGAAAAAACACCAGCUGACUCACACAGGAGAGAAGCCUUAUCACUGCUCUCAAUGUGGGAAGCGUUUCACCAGGUUAUAUCAACUGAAGGCACACCAGAUAACUCACAUAGAAGAUAAGCCUUACCACUGCUCUCAAUGUGGGGAUAGUUUCACCAGUUUAUAUUUCCUAAAGAAACACCAGCUAAUUCACACGGGAGAAAAGGCAUUCCAGUGCUCCCAGUGUGGGAAGAGUUUCGGACAAUCAUCAACCCUGAAGACACACCAGAUAACUCACACAGGAGAGAAGCCGUUCCACUGCUCCCAGUGUGGGAAGAGUUUCAGUCAUUCAUCAACUCUGAAGACACAUCAGAUAACUCACACAGGAGAGAAGCCUCACCGCUGCUCCCAGUGUGGGAAGAGUUUCAGUCAAUCAUCAACUUUGAAGAAACAUCAGAGAACUCACACAGGAGAAAAUCUGUGUCAUCAUAUCUGAAGACACUAGCUUAUUCACAUAGGGGAGAAGCCUUAACUCUGCUAUCAAUGUGGGUAAAGUUUCACCAGUUUAUAUUAAUAACAUAAAAUACCAACUAAUUAUGACUAACAAUAACUUACCUGGUUAAAUAAAUGCAAAGGAGUGUGGAACCUGCUCCCUUUGUGGAAAGCUUCGGUCAGUCAUCAAAUUUGAAGACACACCAUUUAACUCUCACAGCUGAGAAACCGUACCACUGCUCUCUGUGAGGAAAAGGUUCAGUCGCGUAGGAGACAUAAAGAAACACCAGCUAACUCGCACCAGAGAGAAGCCUUACCAUGUUCUGGAGUUUCAAUAUUGUUUAUUGAAAUAAAGCUGGUAUGAUGAUAACGGUUUAUUGUGAACAUAUCACUAUUUCAGGAAUCACCAAAAAGGCAGCACUGCAGAGAAAAGGCGGUUUUACAGAAACUGUAUUGAUUUUAUUGGUGAUUAGGGGACAUGGUUUGUCAUUGUCAGUAUUUCCACUAAACAGCUGUCUGUUUUGGAAUGCAAUACUUUUAUAACAGCAGACCUUCAGCAGACAUCCAGUUGAUUUUCUAGAGGACGCGCCCACAACGGACAAUUCAGUGAAGUUGUAUUUGCCGUUGUGGAAUCCGUAGCUAAUAUCUGUCCGUAGAGAAUCCUCAGUAAUCAGACAUCAUAUCCAUAGCUAAUAUCUGUCCAUAGAGAAUCCUCAGUGAUCACAGACAUAAUAUCCAUAGCUAAUAUCUGUCCAUAGAGAAUCCACAGUAAUCACAGACAUCAUAUCCACAGCUAAUAUCUGUCCAUAGAGAAUCCUCAGUGAUCACAGACAUAAUAUCCAUAGCUAAUAUCUGUCCAUAGAGAAUCCACAGUAAUCACAGACAUCAUAUCCAUAGCUAAUAUCUGUCCAUAGAGAAUCCUCAGUGAUCAGACAUCAUUUCCAUACCUAAUAUCUUCUAGUUGGAUUUCUAUAAUCUUUUUUUUCUUCCUAAAGCUAAAAAAAUAAAAUGUAAUUUAGUCACAAAUAUAUGCAACAAAAACUUCUAAAUGGCAGAAAAUAACCAAAAAUGAAUAAACAUAUUGUAUUUCAAUUAUUAAGCUCAGUCUCCUGUCUCACUUUAUUAUGGAGGGUUGAAGGUUAAUUAUUUCUGGUGCUUUACAGGUAGACUAUACUGUAAGGAUAAUAUACACUCUAAGGCAGUGGCGGUCGGUGCUGUUUAAGAUGAGGAUGAUAAUUUUUUAUAAGCAUGGCUUCAUUUCUAUUACAGCAUAUUGGAUGACUGUCAUUCAUAUUCCAUUCACCCAGAUCAAUGUAACCUCGAUAGGUUUAGGCUGCUACAUGAUACAAAAAAGUUCACUAUACGCGUCAUUAGGUUGCUACAACCUGGCCUCCGAAUGAAAGUUUAAAACAUAGGUGCACAGGUAUAGAUAAUUCAGAGUAAUCAAGGUGACAGACAGUGACACAUUCAAUACCGCAUUGCACACUUGCCUGCAUCUAGCUGAUCUAUGGUGUAAUCAUUAGUCAUCAGUCCAACAAUUGCAAAUUAGAGUUUCUAUUGGACAAAGGUAUGUUUAUCCCCGUUUCGUUCCAUUUGCUUCCGUUUAAGAAAAGUUUUUCAACAGAAUCUACGGAAUGAACACACCCCUGAUCACACGCAAAACAGUUCACUUUCAUAGCAGCCACUUAAAAACAGAACGAUCACUUUGCUCGUUGUAUAUAUAAUUCCUUCUCGCAACUAUCUACGCGCUCUCCUCCUCUCACCUUUUCCCUUCGCUUGUGGACUUCAGUGCACAACACAUCAGCUGUCUGUGACCAGGCGAAAAAACCUUUCCAAGGCAAACCCUUAUGAUGACCACUACACACAGUCUACAUCAUUGCCUACUAGAACUAACACGUUAAUAAACCCGCUACAAUCAUGCAGUACAGUGUACAUUCAGAAAGCAGUGUAGCAGUUACACCGGCGGGCCCCGGUGGCAAUAAAUUAAUAAAACCAAAAGCCAUAGCCAGAUAGCUAACAUAACAUCCCUCUCUGUUUGAGCCGGGUGUUUGAGUAGGCAAAACUAGCUAGCUGCAUUUGCUAGCUAAGUGAAAGUAAAACAAAAAAAAUGUACAACCAAAUAUAGCUAUCUCUCCCUCUCUCUCUCUUCUUAAUUUUGGAAGAAAUUAAUUUGUUAACUGUUCAACUAUUGUGUUUCUCUCUCUUUGAGUCAACUACUCACCACAUUUUAUACACUGCAGUGCUAGCUAAUUGUAGCGUAUGCUUUCAGUACUAAAUUAAUUAUCUGAUCCUUUGAUUGGGUGUAUAACAUGUCAGUUCAUGCUGCAAGAGCUCUGAUAGAUUGGAGGGCGUCCUCUGGAAGUUGUCAUAAUUACUGUGUAAGUCUAUGGAAGGGGGUGAGAACCAAGAGCCUCCUAGGUUUUGUAUUGAAGUCAAUGUACCCAGAGGAGGACAGAAGCUACUACUGUCAAAGUUCAAACUCAACGGGCCCUGUACAGGGCUCAAAACAACUGCUAAUAGUUUAACAGGUUACUAAGGCCUUUUCACACCAACUGAGUUGUGUUUGACUUGGUGAGAAAGGGCCUUUACAGGUGUAGCAGGUGUGGAGGACGGGGAUUGGAAAGUAGGCUGUCUGACCAAACUACACAACUAUGUGGAACAGUUAAUAUGUGGAACAGUUAAUAUGUGGAACAGAUAACAUGUGGAACAGAUAACAUGUGGAACAGUUAAUAUGUGGAACAGAUAACAUGUGGAACAAUAACCGUGAGUAACACAUGACAUAUGGUAAUGAUCACAGUAUUGGAGUAAAAAUGUAAAGGUUAAAGCAAUUAUAUAGUAAUUAAUGAUGAAUUAGAUUGUCAAUCAAGCAAUCAAAUACCUUUUACAUGUAGAAUGUUUUUAACAAAUGAACAUAUUAUUAAGUGAAAGUGCUGAAUAGUACCAGAGCUUAAACCCUUAUAGACCCUAGCAUGUCUUGGGGAUCCCCUGUUAUUGGUAAUGGUGAGAGGUUAGCGUGUCUUGGGGAUCCCCUGUUAUUGGUAAUGGUGAGAGGUUAGCAUGUCUUGGGGAUCCCCUGUUAUUGGUAAUGGUGAGAGGUUAGCAUGUCCCCUGCUAUUGGUGAUGGUGGAAGGUAAGCAUGUCUUGGUGGUCCCCUGUUAUUGGUAAUGGUGAGAGAUUAGCAUGUCUUGGGGAUCCCAUGUUAUUAGUAAUGGUGAGAGGUUAGCAUGUCUUGGGGUUCCCCUGUUAUUGGUAAUGGUGAGAGGUUAGCAUGUAUUGGGGUUCCCCUGUUAUUGGUAAUGGUGAGACGUUAGCAUGUCUUGGGGAUCUCCUAUUAUUGGUAAUGGUGAGAGGUUAGCAUGUCUUGGGGAUCCCCUGUUAUUGGUAAUGGUGAGAGCUUAGCAUAGUUUGGGGAUCCCCUGUUAUUGGUAAUGGUGAGAGGUUAGCAUAUCUUGGAGGUCCCCUGCUAUUGGUAAUUGUGAGAGGUUAGCAUGUAUUGGGGAUCCCCUGUUAUUGGUAAUGGUCAAAGGUUAGCAUAUCUUGGAGGUCACCUGUUAUUGGUAAUGGUGAGAAGUUAGCAUGUCCCCUGUUAUUGGUAAUGAUGAGAGGUUAGCAUCUCUUGGGGAUCCCCUGUUAUUGGUAAAAGUGAGAGGUUAGAAUGUCUUGGAGGUCCCCUGUAAUUGAUAAUGGUGAGACGUUAGCAUGUCUUGGGGAUCUCCUAUUAUUGGUAAUGGUGAGAGGUUAGCAUAUUUUGGAGGUCACCUGCUAUUGGUAAUUGUGAGAGGUUAGCAUGUAUUGGGGAUCCCCUGUUAUUGGUAAUGGUCAAAGGUUAGCAUAUAUUGGAGGUCCCCUGCUAUUGGUAAUUAGGAGAGGUUAGCAUGUUUUGGGGAUAACCUGUUAUUGGUAAUCGUGAGAGGUUAGCACGUCUUGGGGAUCCCCUGUUAUUGGUAAUGGUGAGAGGUUGGCAUGUUUUGGGGGUAUGAUCUUUGUGCCUCUGUAAAUGUCACACUCACCAUUAUUCACGAUUUGUUCAGCAUGAUCUGUAACCAUGGUAGCAUCCUCAUUAAUGUAGAAGGGUUCAGAAACAUAUUCUAUAUUUUCAAUUAGUGACUCCAAAAUGAAACAACACAUUAUUUACCAUUCAUUUAUAUUGGGCACAACAUAAUCUGAAGCAAAACUAAAACAAACUGCAAAUGCAUCCUAUAAAUUUGUAGAGUCCCACGCUUGAUGUAGUCAUUGCAUGCUAGGAAUAUAGAACCAAGCACUAAACUUUUGACUACUUUAAUACACAUAUACUGUAAGUGACACCUUCAAAUGGAAGGACUCGAUACAUAAAGUGCUUUCAUUUUGUGAAGGAACAUUUUAUGUUUGUGCUUUUCUAAUAACCAAUUUGACUGGGCUCAUGCAAGUGACUGAUUGAUCAUGCCUGGGAGGAAUCCUUACUAUCAGUAUAAGCAAUUUGUCUGUACGCCCAGAACAUUGUUUUGAUGACCGAAAGGGGUGUCUCAGUUUCAAGGUCUCAGGUAUUGGUCGGUCACAUGCAUGAACCAAACGUUAAUGAUGAAUUAAUGAUGAAUAAUGUAUAAGCUAAAUCAUGCAAAUAUAACUUGUCUGUGUAAGUAGUAUAUAAGAGAACUUGAUUCAUUUAAGAUUGACUUCAGGUGUAUUUUAAUAGUAGUGUUAAAUAAUACACAUUGGCAGUUAAGCGUAUUAUAUUAUGACUGUUGCCUUCCGUUGUGAUGGUGAUGAUGUUUGUUUUGAUUAUAAUUGUUAGGUGGAGGUUGCUAGCUACAAUGUUACCUUCAACCUAUCCUAGCCUUUAGCUAGAUAGCUGCUCUGCACUGCAAGCUAACUUGACUUGCAAUAAAAUUAGAGAAACAAGUUGAUGAAAAAGUAACUAUACAAAACAUGUUUUAUUAUCACCUGAAACAAUAUAUUUAUCCUGUCUUGAAUGAAAAGGUCAUAUUUUGCUAUCUCCCCAAAUAAAUGUGAUCUCUGAUGAGAGACAGGCUCUCCUCCAUCUUGCAUUACAAACACUAGACUUGUCCAUUGAUAUAGGUAAUGAAAUACGUCACGAUGUCUGCUUAGGAGUGUUUUAACAAUGCAUCUUUCUUACAACGGCCAAAGAUGUAACAUGCUUUUCCCUAAACACCACGAAGAGAAAACAUUUGAAAAGUGUAUCGUUGAGGCACGUGUCAACACUGAUAGGAUCUAAAGAUAGGCAGCACUGCUCUCUGUGCCCUGAAUGCCCCCUUUAACUUUUAUUUUCACAUUUUGCUGCCUUAAAAUUUAAUCUGAAAAAUUAUUUGAUUGUAUUAUUUUUCCUACAGAUCUACACAACCUACUUAACAUUUACUAAGUGAAAAGGUUCUAUAAUUUAGCAAAUUAAGAAAAAAUAACUGAAAUAACAUAAUUUGAGUUAAUACUUGGUGGAAGAACAUUUGGCAGCCCUUACAGCUGUGAAUCAUUUGGAAUAAGAUUUUACCAACUUUGCACAACUCUAAGGGCUACACAUAUCAAUUGUUUUUGUCAACAUUGCUCAAGCUCAAUAUAUUUGUUUGGGAAUCAUUGAUGGAUUGCAAUAUUUAAGCCUUGUUUCUGAUUUUUAAGCAAAUUUAAGUCAGGACUGAGACUGGACCAUUCAGGAACACUCAACACCUCUACGAAAUCCAUUUGGACGUCUUUGGCAAAAACAUUUGUGUAAUUGUCUCGCUGAAAAAUAAAAUUAUCCCAGGGUUUUCAGAAGACUGAGGCUGGUUUUCCUAUAACCUUUUACCUGGGCUUUGCUCCUUUCAUAUUUAAUUGGAUCCUGACAAAAUCCCCACUCCCUGCCAACUGCAAGCAUACCCAUAACAUGAUGCUGCCACAACAAUACUUGAAAAUAGUGUUUCACUCUUUGUUGUGUUGGAUUGGAUUUGACCCAACUUUGUCGUUUUAUAUUUAUGCCAAAAGUAUUGUCUUGCAGUACUACUUAACAGCCUUGUUGCAAACAGAAUUGAUUAUUUGGAGUGAAUUUUUUUAAUACACUUUUCUUUCUUUUCACUUUGUCACACACAGGUGGUGAAAAAGUACCCAAUUGUCAUAUUUGUGUAAAAGUAAAAAUACCUUAAUAGAAAAUGACUGAAGUAAAAGUCACCCAGUAGAAUUCUGCUGGAGUAAAAGUAUUUGGUUUAAAAUAUACUUCAGUAUCAAAAGUAAAUGUAAUUGCUAAAAUAUACUUAAGUGUCAAAAGUAAAAGUAUAAAUCAUUUCAAAUGUCUUAUAUUAAGCAGACCACCAUAUAAAUAUAUUAAUUUACAGAUAGCCAGGGGCACACUCAGACAUCAUUUACAAAUGAAGCAUGUGUGUUUAGUGAGUCCGCCAGAUCAGAGGCAGUAGGGAUGACAUGGGAUGUUCUGUUGAUAAAUGCGUGAAUUUGACAAUUUUUCUGUCCUGCUAAGCAUUUAAAAUGUAACGAGUACUUUUGGGUGUCAAGGAAAAGGUAUGGAGUAAAAAGUACAAUAUUUACUUUAGGAAUGUAGUGAAGUAAAAGUAAAAGUUGUCAAAAAUAUAAAUAGUGAAGUAAAGUGCAGAAACCCCCCCCAAAACUACUUAAGUAGUACUUUAAAGUAUUUUUACUUAAAUACUUUACACCGCUGGUCAUACAGGCCGGUAAUAUGGAGUGAAUGCAAUGAUGUUGAUCCCUUUUGUAUUUUAAAGUAUCGUGGUGGCAGCAUCAUGUUAUGGAUAUGCUUGUCACCGGCAGGGAAGUGGAUUAUGAAUAGGUUCUGAAAGAGGGAACAUGAACUACUUGAGAAAGGAAAAUUAGCUAGAAAGUCACAGUCUUGUAUGCCACAUUAUUGUAGCUAUUAUAAAGCUAUUCCUCCUGAAACUUGAACAAAUAUAGAUUUUCAUGACAUUUAAUCCACAGAUGGGUCCUUUGGAGGAAGGAUUGUUGACAUAUAUUUAACGUUUGUAUCUUAAAGCAUAAUUGAGAAUAACUAAUUGAAGUUGGAACAUUCAGUAAAGGCUGAACGGAACAUGACGAGAGGUGGGGAGGGUGUUGUUUUUCUCCAAUCAAGUUGAUUGUUGAAGUUACAUCGACAUUGUUGUCAUAUUGGCUUAGGUGUGAUGGUAGAAAUAACUUUAACAUUGAGCAUUGAUCAAUGCUUAUUUAAGAAGCCGGUGGCUGACGGCUUCUUAAUGUUAUGAUACGGUUUGCCUAAUGAACACAACCCUGAUUCUGAUCCAACAAAUUACAUUUAACAUUAUUGAGAUGAUUGUGAUAUUAAAGUUGACUGUUAUUAUGACUGUUUGACAUAUUAUGACUUUUUGGUAUAUGACCCUGUUAGUGGGACAAUUUGCAGGAGUAUAAAGCAGAGGCUCCUAUCAUCAGGUCUUCAGUCAUCCCAGAUAUAACAGCUGCCAUAGAGGUCAAGGCUAUUACCAAAGCAGCAGUUAAACUGGACAACCUUCUAUUCAACUCAUUCACAGGCAGACAGGAACACUCCAUUUUCCCCAUUAUUUAAAUCAGUCUUCCAAUAGCUAGGACGAGUCCCCUGCUCUCCCAGAGACGCGUGUGUUCCAACAGCUGCAGCUGAAGGGAGGGUGUGGGAUUCCCAGUUUUAUUGAUGUUCUCUGUUAUGGACUUUACUUUUCUUGUCCUUGACUGUGUCUUCCUGCAAUCUCUGUUGUGUUUACAAUUGAAGGUCUAAAAAAUAAAGAUGUCCAAAAAGAAGCAGGUAUUUGACUGGUCCGUUUAAUAAUGGCUAUAACAGGUAUACGUCUGUUUCAUAUAUGGUCAUAUCCUCUGGUGCACGGCUCAAAUGGCAUCAGAUCUGCCAAUAAAGCAAAACCAAAUUACUUUAGAUAUGUUGCUGUGGAAGCUGGAUGUAUUUCUGACACACCCGUUUCUGACCAUGGCCAUAUUGGGAUUGGAAAUGAUCUGUUGCUUUGGUUCGCUUCUUGUAACUCUGCUAUCGACUGUAUGGGAACAAAUUGGAGUUUCAAGAACCGCUCAGCAGAUGUGGUUUGAUACCAUCUCUAUGACGGAGGGUAAUAAAGCAAUCCAAAACAGCUUUAGGCUGCAUGUAUUUCUGACACCCAGUUUGGAACAUGGCCAUGUUUGGAAAAGGUCACUGGCAGGGGGUAAUCAUUUUGGAGUUGUUUGUCUUAAGAUCUUUAAAGCUGAAAAACACAACAGCUCCACAUUUGAUCCAAGUGUUUAUCCUUGUAAAUGUAUUAGAUUAAUAUUACAUUUAACCCUCCAUUAACUUCACACUGCAUGCUGAAAGGUGAAGACCUGUACCUCCUUCUUUAAGAGGCUCCUCUGUCCUCCACUCGUUACCUGUAUUAAUGGCACCUGUUUGAACUUGUUAUCAGUAUAAAAGACACCUGUCCACAACCUCAAACAGUCACACUCCAAACUCCACUAUGGCCAAGACCAAAGAGCUGUCAAAGGACACCAGAAACAAAAUUGUAGAUCUGCACCAGGCUGGGAAGACUGAAUCUGCAAUAGGUAUGCAGCUUGGUUUGAAUAAAUCAACUGUGGGAGCAAUUAUUAGGAAAUGGAAGACAUACAAGACCACUGAUAAUCUCCCUCGAUCUGGGGCUCCACGCAAGAUCUGACCCCGUGGGGUCAAAAUGAUCACAAGAACGGUGAGCAAAAAUCCCAGAACCACACGGGGGGACCUAGUGAAUGACCUGCAGAGAGCUGGGACCAAAGUAACAAAGCCUACCAUCAGUAACACACUACGCCACCAGGGACUCAAAUCCUGCAGUGCCAGACGUGUCCCCCUGCUUAAGCCAGUACAUGUCCAGGCCCGUCUGAAGUUUGCUAGAGUGCAUUUGGAUGAUCCAGAAGAGGAUUGGGAGAAUGUCAUAUGGUCAGAUGAAACCAAAAUAGAACUUUUUGGUAAAAACUCAACUCGUCGUGUUUGGAGGACAAAGAAUGCUGAGUUGCAUCCAAAGAACACCAUACCUAUUGUGAAGCAUGGGGGUGGAAACAUCAUGCUUGGGGCUGUUUUUCUGCAAAGGGACCAGGACGGCUAAUCCGUGUAAAGGAAAGAAUGAAUGGGGCCAUGUAUCGUGAGAUUUUGAGUGAAAACCUCCUUCCAUCAGCAAGGGCAUUGAAGAUGAAACGUGGCUGGGUCUUUCAGCAUGACAAUGAUCCCAAACACACUGCCCGGGCAACGAAGGAGUGGCUUCGUAAGAAGCAUUUCAAGGUCCUGGAGUGGCCUAGCCAGUCUCCAGAUCUCAACCCCAUAGAAAAUCUUUGGAGGGAGUUGAAAGUCUGUGUUGCCCAGCGACAGCCCCAAAACAUCACUGCUCUAGAGGAGAUCUGCAUGGAGGAAUGGGCCAAAAUACCAGCAACAGUGUGUGAAAACCUUACAGAAAACGUUUGACCUAUGUCAUUGCCAACAAAGGGUAUAUAACAAAGUAUUGAGACACUUUUGUUAUUGACCAAAUACUUAUUUUCCACCAUCAUUUGCAAAUAAAUUCAUUUUGUCUGUCAUAGUUGACGUGUACCUAUGAUGAAAAUUACAGGCCUCUCUCAUCUUUUUAAGUGGGAGAACUUGCACAAUUGGUGGCUGACUAAAUACUUUUUUCCCCACUGUAUGCUGUGGAACACAGAGAGAUCCGAUACAGGCCAGCACAUUAUUCUGACCUUAUUAGUCAACCAUGAGGUCCUCACAUUGCUGACACCGUAAUAUAUUUAAAGCGAGAUAUGUGAUCUGGGAAAUAAGAUCUGUAUUAACUGAGCCAAGAUUGGUUGUUUUGUGGAUCCAUGCCACAGCAUGUGACAUUUCAUUUCCAGAUUUAGAUUUUUACUGGCUGUGACAUUUUAAUGGAUUGAGUCAUGGAGGAAAAAAAUGCUGAUGUGAGCAAAGGCUCUGGGGUGUCUCAGGCAAACUCCUGCCUGUGGUGAUAAAACUACUUUGCGAUCAUUUAAAGCACCCUUAAAAUGUAUUGGAUCAAGAGUUACUAUCCGAUCCUCCCAAGGCCCUGCUAAAAUACAUUUAAAAUGUCAAUAACAGAUUUAUAAUGAGAGUUUACUCAAGUGCUUAAUGACAUUUGUCAGUUAAUAACAGUAUAUAAGGGGCCUGCAACUCCUGUUCUGGACAGCCCAUCCACAUGGCGUGCAGGCUCUUGUUCCACCCCAGCUCUAACACAGUGGGUUCAGCUAAAUCAGAGAGGAAGUGGCGAAGUGAGAGGUUUUACUCCUCUCAAAAUAUGCCCACGAACAUAAGUCCACAAUGAGAGAGUGUUGAAUUUGGUCAACAAAAAAUGGAAUUGAUCAUUUGCUACUUAAGGCUUAUUUGAUCUAAUAAAAGUUUUGUAAUGGUUAGGUUGUUGAGAACGCCCUGAUAUAAGUGGACGCAUGUGGCAUUUCAGUUGUGCCUGUUGUCAUAGAGAUAGAUAGAGGACUCAUCAUGGAUGUAACCUGUUUUAACAUGGACAUUGCCAUUGAGAGCUUCCACCAUUUUAAAAUAGUCAACUGGGUGGGGAUUCCUAUGAGUUGGGAGCCGUCAGCCAAUGAAGAAUAAUACAACUGAUACUUUAAAAUAGAUUUAGCCUCAAUGACGCUGUGCAUGCUGUCACAGAUGCUAUAAUGACACAGAUAGAUGUAUGUAUAUAUGUUAAUUCUUACAUUCAUGCCCUCAGUUUAUGCUAAAUGCUAUUGCUCCUUUCUUAUGUUUAUCCUGGUAGUCUCCUAAAUGUGUAGCUAUAUGUUACGUCCAUUCCCUUUACCUGGUCACCUGGUACUACCUGGUCAUUCAUUCACCUGUGUUCCUAAUAUGUUUCCCUCUUGUUUCCCUUCCAGACCACCACAUCCUUCCACAACUUAACCUUCCUACCAGCUUUACAAGCUCCAACUCUUAA